AUGCCCGCAUCGACAGCAUAUCUGGAGCCUGACGAGCGACACCAGAUUUCUACGGCACGAGGUGCCAUAUUGGGGGUCUAUCUGUUCGCCCUGCUCAUAUGCUCCUGUCGGCUCUACGUGCGAAAGUGCAUAUUACAUGCCUUCCAGGCUGAUGACUUCGCUUGUGUCGUGGCUAUUUUCUCAACGACAGGAUUUGCCGCGCUAUCCCUUGCCGUCAUCGAAUAUGGCGCCGGGCGCCAUCUGGCUAACAUUGCCCUGAGUGACGCGAGGAUUUUCUACUAUGAAGCCUAUGUCAAGAAACUGUCCCUCUGGAUAUGGUGCUUUCUGUUGGUCUUUACAGUUAGUGCCUGCAUAGUGGACGCCUUUUUCUGCAAUCCGCCACGAUAUGUGUAUGACGUUGACUGGGUCUCGCGGCCCGAUCGCUCCGAGCACUGUCUUCCAGACAACAUCUCUUAUGGGCUGUUGGUUUACCAAGGCGCGCUGUCUUUUGUGACCGACUUGGCCAUCUUCAUGCUUCCCAUCCCGGCGUUAUACAAAAUGACCACGGCAUCAAAGGGCAAGUAUAUUGCAUUAUUUACCAUCUUCGCGAGCGCCGCUGUCGCGAGCAUUACUCCCAUUAUCAGGCUUCAGAAUGCUAAGUUCCAGAGAGAUACCGGUGUAACAGACCUGACAUGUAAUUUCCCCUAA